ACCCUCUUGUUUACAUGUUCUAUAUGCAUAUUUGGAAGUUUGUUUUUGCUGCUUUUGUUCUAAAUAGUGUGUUAUUUAACUAUUUAAUUAAAACACUUUUGAAAAAUGGAUUGCAAGCCUUCUAUAACAACAAACAUUGACGAAGUAAUAAAUGAUGAGAAUUCAAAUGACAAUUCAUUAACAAUAGUUGUGGAGUCACCAGAAAGUAAAAAAACAAAGAAAUCAAAAACUGUUCAGUUAAGUCAUGACGAAAAAGAAUUUAUUAAGAAGGUGGAAGAUGAACUAGACCAUAUUCUAGAUGAAAAAGCCUCAAAAACAAAUCUCACUGCAACUAAUGUUAAAACUAUUUUAAAGCAAGUCCUUACAAAUGAAGAUAUGCAAGUACUACUAAGGAAAGCGGAAAACCCAAACAAUGCACUAGAAUCUGUAACUUUUGAACCUAAACUUACUAGAGCAAAAGCAAAAGAACUUCAUUCUUCUAAUUCAAUAGCCACUUUACCUUGGCCUCCAUCAACUAGUACAUCUCCUGAAGUGCAUGUGUUAAUUAAUGAUGAACUUCCAGAAGACUCUUCUGAUGAUGAAUAUGUACCCGGUGAUUACGAUAGUGAAGAUGAUAGAGACAGUUCACUUGUAAGUGAAUCACCACGUUGCUCAACACCUCCCACUCCUUCAAAGAAUGACUGUGGGACACAAACAAACUGGACAGAAGAUGGUGUUUUCAAAGUUCCUCCUUCUAAAAAGGAUUCAACUGAAGAGACGACAAACAUUGCUCUAAGGACAAGGUCAAAAUUCUGUCUCAGUGAGACACCUCUAGAAAUAAUAGAAGAGGCUUUUGUGCCUCCUGAUAUUACCACUGAUAUGUAUGACAUGGACUGUGAUGAUGAAGAAUGGGGCAACUUCUUAAAAGAAUUUAUGAGACCACUAGAAGAAGUUACAAAAGCUCGUGAAGAUGAAGAUCAUGACCCUGAAUAUAAUGUUCUAGCAGAUGAAAUUGAUAGGGUUGAUCGUGAGGACUUAAGGGCAGACAGAGGGGUUAAGGUUACUAAAAAAGAAUUAAAUGAGCUGAUAUCAGAGCUCUUUGAGUAUGCAGAAUCAUUCUCUACAAGCCAGUUAGAAAAUGUGAGCGUUAAUUUUGAAAAUGAGCCUCAAUACAAGGUGUUAGAUGAAACUCUAGGUGCUACUAAAUCGCCAGACAGGCAAAAAGGAAUUGAAAUAAUAAAAAAGACAACAAACUUGAAUACAGUUGAGGAAAAGCCCCAAGUACAAAUCAAUGAUACAUCUCAUGAAAUCAAUAUUAGUAAUUGUGAAACACAAAUUUUGAUGACUGCUCAAUAUAUGGAUUAUGGCCAAUUACUUUUAUUGCAGCAACAAAUGAGACAACACGUUCAAAUGUUAACUCAAAAUUUUUUACUUACUUAUCAGCAUCCUGAAUUUUGCGAAAUGGCGGUAGACUUCAAGGAAAAAUUGUUGAAUUUAAAGUAUUUAAGUAAAAGUCAUCCAAAUUCCAAUUUUAACGCUGCAAAUCUUGAAGCUGCUAUUGAAUUAAUUUCCGAUUGGGAAAAGAAGUUUGUAAAGGAUUGUGAAGAAGGUAGACAAAUAGUACGGCAUUUUUCACGAGUUAUACAAGAAUCAAUAGACAGAAGAAGGGGUACAAGUGUAUAUAUUUAUACAUUUCCGCCAUCUAUUUUAGAGACUAUUUCUAAGAGCAAAGUGUUCAUAUACCCUUCACUUUUACCCUGCAUCCCCUUUAAAUCUUCGGCGUUUACAUUUGCAAAACAUGACUAUACAAAACACGAAAACGAAUUAAUUGCCUUGGGUUUAGAACAAUUCUGUGAUUAUUUAAAAAGCGAUUCGCAUCAUAUUCAUAAAGAUGGGGAAGUAAAGCUGAAUCACGUUUGUCAUUUUAUUGUACGCUACAUGAUGCCAGUGAAGAAUGUUAAUAGGCUUUGUCAGCAUAUAAAGCAUAACAAAUCAAAGAAUGCAGCUCCCAACCCAAUUCUGUACUAUUUCGAAAAUGGAAAAGCGCCCCCAACCUUUCACUACGUUUUUAAUCUGGAAACUUACGGAAUGUUAGCACCAUUUCAGAGAAACAAAGAAACAUUGUCGUACCAGUGGAGAACAUUUCUUUAUCCCAAAGAAAAAGAGAGUGGAAUAUCUUUACCAAAACAAUUAUCCCCGUUAGCAGGGACUAUAAAGAAAAUAGUAAAGCCCCCUGCUUUCAAAAGAUUCGUUACAAAAGGUUUCUCGAAGCCUAAAAUUCUUAAGUCUCCUAUUUCAUCCGUUCCGUAUACAACUCUCCGCUCUCUUCACCGAAAAGCUGGAAAAGACAAGAACGUAUUUUACGAAGGUAUUAAAUUGGCUUCUCAGUCUACACCGAAGAGCCGUUUAUUUUCCCGUAUUUGCAAGCAAAAAAAUAAAGGAGCCAAUGUAUUUUCUUCAAAGAACAUAAAGGAACUAAUUGGACCAUCCUUAGCUAAAUUGAAGUUUAAUUCAUCAAUUUUUCAAAGUCUUAAAAAUAAAAGCAACGCUUUAGAAAUGCUACCUAAUAUGCCCAGCUUGAACACUCCUAUAAAAAAGCCUUUGACUGAAAACAUGGAAAUAACUAUUAACAGCUCUAUUGGCAAGACAGAUGAGGUGAAUAUUACUGUUAAUGAAAAAGGCAGAGAUGGAUGUAGUACUGAUCAAAAGAGUUCAGAACAAUUUAAGAAAGGAAAACUUCCUUUAAACAUGUCUUCAUUGAAUGGUUCUAUUAGCAAUUGUAUGGAAAUAACUUCAACUAAUAAUAGCACUAAACAAUUAGACGUAGAAGAUAAUGAAAAGAAAAGAAGUAUCGAAAGUGAUGGAACUUCUUCACAAGAAGAAGAUUGCAUUACAAUAGAAGAUGAUACAAUGGAAAAGGAUAAUCCUGAUGAUAUUAAUGCAUUAAUGGUGGCCAGCUCUACCAUUAAAUGUGCCAGAAGAAAGGAACGUCCUGGGACAGAAAGAAAAAGGGCUAAACUGAAGCGUGAAUACAAUGCAAUGCUUGCUAUGUUAAAACCUGAAGAUAAUUGUGUUAUUCAAGAAAGAGCUGAAACUUAUGCUUAUGCAUACUUUGAUAAAGUACGCAAAACAUUGAAUCAUGAUGAGUAUCAUCAGUUUAUGAAAAUUUUGAAUGACUUUGAUGAAAAAUAUGACAAAGUUUCUGAUCUUUAUCAAAAUAUUGAACACCUAUUACAUCCAAAAUAUCAGGAUUUAUUAGAUGAAUUCCUUACAUUUCUUACUCCAACUCAAGCAAGCGAAAUUGGUAAACUUAUACCACAUUUAAUGUUAAGCAAUAUGUCCCUCUUUUUAUGCAAAUUGGAAGCAUAUUUCAAAGAUCAACCUGCACAAUUACGAAAAGUGUACAGGUGUCUGACAGAAUUGGCAUCCUGUGUGGAUGUCACAAUUGACAAAGUUAAAAAUACUAUUUUACCUCUUCUAAAAGGUAAUAGUUUACUAACAGAUUGGUUUAUGCAAAUAUUUCCAUCUGAAAAACCACCGGAAAGUUUACUUCAAGGACCGUUUGAAAACAUUGAUCUUUCAGUUGACAUCAAAAAUGAGAAUGAAAUUUAUGAAAAUAUAACUCUACCAGAUAGUGAGGAUCCUUAUGGUGGGCCAAAAUGUAUUUGUAAAUGUCAUGAAAGUGAAAACAUCCUGUAUAAAACUAGAUCAAGGCACUGUAUACCAUGUGGAACAAAGUUUAUACAGGGCCGCAUUUAUAUUCAGACAGGAAAAGGACUACGUUUAGCAAAUGUUACAUUCGAUGGUAAAUCAGGUCCUGAACAUAACAUAAAAUUAUAUGUUGAAAAGCAAAAAAAGAGAUCAGACUCCAGCCUGUCAAAACAAAUAUCACCUACAAAGGAAUCUCAAGAUGAUGGCCGUACUCAUGCAGAUAGUGAAGAUGAUGAUAGAAAAAAAACAAAUCAGAGAACUAAUCGAUCACCAAGGAAAAGAAAACCGAAAAACACCGAUGCAAAAGGUGUUGAUAAAGAAAAAACUUCUACUAAAACAAGCAGUGGUAAUGGUAGAAAUGGGUGUGGGAAAGUUUGCAGACAAAAAGGUGCGAGUACUCAAUCAUCUCCUGGUACUAACAUAAAAAUUGCAACAAAUAGUACUGGAAAUUUAACAGUUACUACUGUACGAAGUAGUAAUAGUGAUAAAAGAAGUUUAAAUGAUGACCCUACUAAUUACGAAGCUAAUAUGCCAGUAGAGUCAGCAGAAUUGAAAAUGAACUCUGAGCAUAGUACUGAAUCGGAAAGUGAUGUUCCUGAAUCGUCCCAAUAUAAUACUAACAGUGAAACUGACGAGUCGGGAGAGGAAGCCGAGAAUAUGACUACUUCCCCCAGUCACAGUGAUAAAAACAGUGAUGAUAUAAUAUGGACCUUAGAUGAAGAUAGGAUAAUUUUGGAAACACUACAAAAGGAGAUUGAUAAAGAUAAAGCUUUCGAAAAAAUUGCAGAGUCGUUAGAAAAUAGGACCGUUUUUCAGAUCAGGCAAAGGUUUCAUACGUUGAUGGAACUGUUGCAACAAAUGACUGAAACCAAGUAAAAUAGGUACUUUCAUUUUGUAAAUACAUAAGGACUAAAAUAUUCAAAGCGA